AAAGUCGCCAUGGAGGACAUCUAUGCUUACAUAGAUCCUGCCACUGAAGGCGAGGCAGGGUUUCCUGGCAGGUUGCCAUCCAGCGAAUCUGAGAGGAGAAACUUGUUGCUUGUUUUGGAUCAGCUGAAAUCCCAAGGAAAGGAUCCACUUCGAAGCCCCAUUGUGGUCGACAUCGGUGGGUCCAAGCCUCACUACAAUGAAGGCUACUCGCCUUGCUUGACCCACUGUCGCGCUGGCAGUGGUGGGCAUUGGCUGACCUGGAAGCAACGCAAAAUGACAACCUGCGAGCUCUUGAAAAUUAUGGAUGUGCCGCCAGCUGAUGUGAAGUGGUCAUCAGUGUCGCCACGGCAGCUAGGUCUGAUGGCCGGAAAUGCAAUCCCAGUCAAGAUGCUUUCCAUGGUGUUGAGCCAAGCGCUGAAAUGCGCCAAUCUGCAGGCGCCGCCGAAGAAAGAGUUUGAAGAGUUUGCCACCAAAAGGCAAGCCGCUGGAUCACUGAGAUCUAUGAAGGCAGUAGGUGGCCGUUGGAAGCUGGCCAGAUUGCAGAACUGUUUGGGAGGCGCUUGCCAACGCAUUGAUGCGGCUUUCCUUCUUUCAUCCACAUGCAUCGUGCUCCACCAAGAUGUACGUAGGUUGGUUCUGAUGGUACGUUUCCGGGCGUGCAAUGACAAGCUGGAAGUCAAGCGUGGGUUGCUGGGAAUACACCAUCUUCAAGACAGCAUGACAGAGUCGCUUGUUCAGGGCACAAGAGCCAUCUUGUCACAAUUUGUUGAAGGGGAUGAAGAUCAAAUGGCCGCUUUGCAACAGAAGGUCAUUCUACUGAACAUGGAUGCUGCAGCAGAUGAGCAGCUGGCAGGUAGGCUCAUGGCCUGCAAUGACGGUCUGUUCCCAGGUGUGAAACAGGUGUGCCGGGACCGGGCGCAUGCGGCUCGGCGAGUCAUUUCCCGUCCAUUCAAAGCGUCUGCUGAGAUUUGGGAUGUGUUUCAAGCCUUGAUCUGGGGCAACGCUUCAAUGCCUGCAACCAUUCAGAGCAGUGAUGUGCUGAGGAAAGUGUUCAACCAGUACGUCAAAGACAUGGGCGGUGACCGGGUUCAGUCAAUGUCGCUGUGCAAGCAGAGGUUUGACUCGCACCAGAAGGCAACUGGCCGUUUGAUUCUGUGGCUGCGUCCGACCAUCAAAACUGCAAUCUAUGCGACAGUUUACAGACACAAUUUGCGGGACGGUGAACGAGGUGCAUUGUUCUUGCGCUCUCUCAGUGAAGAGCGGGUGUUGCUUUUAGCAAUGGUGGCUGACUUCACUGAUGAAGCGACAAGCAUCAUCCGACUCAUGGAUUCAGAAGCUGGCGAUGUUGCCACGCACAACAUCGAACUCGAUGUAUUUGCAAGUCGGGUGAAGCAUCUUUUCAUUGAUGAGCAUGCUUUCGAUGUGGAUGGCAAGUCGAAGACUCUGGGUGGUCCGAACAAAGUUUCUCCAGCCAUGAUCGCCCGGUGCUUUGCUUCUAUGAAGAAACUGGUUGGGCUGAGCACAGAAGUGAUUGCGUCGGAGUUUCCUGCAUAUGAGAUUCUGACCGCCCUGAAAAUCUUCGAUGUAUCCGAAGUAGCCCGGACAAACAGGGAGGAAUCCGUGGACUACAUACAGUCGUUGCACACUUCUUCGGAAAGAUUGUGCCAACUGUUCGAGGCGUCGGCUGAUUCCUUCAUUGAUGAGUACUGGGAUCACAAAGCUAUAGCUUUUCAUCACCAUUCGACCAAUCCCAACUGCAGCAGCUUCGAAUCUUGGAAAUACGCAGUCCAGAAAACUAGCUCUCGCAAGUCAACAGCAGCUCGCCAUCCAUCUUCAAACUUGCACUGGAUUCUCAUUCACUUUGGUGCUCUAGAUGGAUGCACCACAUCCGGAGUGGAGCAGCACUUUUCGAAGAUGGUGCGCAUUGUGUCUGCUGAAAGAUCAUUGCUGACUGAAGAAAACAAAAAUUUGGAGUUGAAAUUUAUGUUCGACUUCGCCCCGGCCACUUCCACUGACUGCAUUGAGAUGGCCCAGCAGCUGUGGAUCGAAUGGUAUGGUGAACCCAGGAAAGGAUCAACAUCCAGACUUGAUUUGGGUACCAAACGAGGGCACAAGAAGGGUUCUGAAGCUGAUUUCUUGGCCAAAAGACGCCGUUUGGAUGGACCGGUCAAACUUUUGCCUCAUGAUGAAGUACGGCUCGAAGCAAGUGCGAAUCUGCCAGCAGAUUGUCAGCGUGUCCAGGCAGAAUUGACAUUUCAGAGAAACAAGCAGUUCAAGAACACAAUCCAAUCGUACUUAAGUGGUCACUUGACAGCCAAGGAAGUGCCAGAUGGGAUGGUUGAUGUGGCUCAAGCAUUUGUUGAAUUGGAGACUCGCAGAGAUGCCACCAGAGUACGGGGAGUUUCAAAAUUCCAAGCCUUGUUGGCCCCAUCCCCGCCACAGUUUGAUCGGCGGAACCACUGGAUCUUCCUGGAGAUGGCAGAGUGGAGCCAGAACCCUGAAUUUUUCAGGUGCAAGGUGACCCAGGACUUGCAGCUGCCUUUGUUUUUCGUUGUGGCCAACCCGGAGAAACCGCCUUCACAAGUUCUUUGGGCAGCCUCUGUGCGAGGAGGUUGUGUUCUGGACCUGGCAUGCAUGCGGGGCAUCAUUGAAAACCGUCAUGAUAAGGCAACAACAGGAAUUGCCUUCCUCUAUGAUGCGGCGUACGCAAUCAAGCGGCAGAUUUUCUUGUGCCCUAGCUUUCGUGCUGCGAACACGGAAGCCAGUGAAAUUAUUCAAGCAGCAGCAGGCCAGGAGAGAUCGAAGUGGAAGAUGAUUGAUGGAGGUUGGGAAGCCUUCGCUGAAGCAUCUGCUAAGAGCCAGCAAGCUGGCCGCAAGUGGGCUGUGCUGGGGCUGACCAUUCCGCAAAUAGCUGCUAACAUGCAGGAAGACAAUCUGAUGUCCAGCAAAACAUUUCUCAAGUUUGUGAGCAGGGUUCAUUGCUGCAAUCGCGGCUUCUGA